AUUCUCUUCUGAAACGAAGGGGGGAUGAAACAGAAAAAAAAAGAGAUGGCUAGACCAAAUGGUGCGACCAAUAGGGAAGCUUGAGGGUUGGUUCAUUGUCUGGUCACCUACGAGUCGAUAGGGGAGAGUUUACCUACAGCAGCCAACAAUCAGCCACCAUUAGACCAACAGGUCGUUGUCAAGUCAAGUUGUGCUCAGCACUCCGUUUCCAAGUUUAAACGAGAAAAUGGGCGUGUUUGUGACAAGUUUCAGGUAAAGUUAUCUAGUCUACUGAUACAACGUUCGGAAGUGUGAAAACAAUUUGAGAAACAUUCGACAUGGCUCAACCAAUGGAUAAUCACGUUAAUUUGGAUAUUCACCUGAGCGUUAUGACAGCUCGUGAAUCUCGUAACGCUCCAUCUACCAUCCAAGUCCACAACCUCUGUCACAAAGGAAUGGAUCAAUUAGGUCAUCCACACAAAUCUUCGGCAUUAGAAACCUUGAAUCCGUCGCCUUCACUGCCAGUGGCCAAUCAAACGCUGAUUUGCUCUUCACCGGCCGGUCCAUCAGCUGGUCAUCAUUUGUUAGCCACAGAAUCUGAUUUAAUUGAGUCUCGUCCAGCCGGUUGGUUUGAUGGAUUUUUCGGCCGCAUCCGUUCAGUUUUCCGCAGUUGGGACAACAUUAGCUGCAAAGGUGAUGAAUGGGAGAUUCCAUUCGAAGCACUUAGCGAUCUCGAACAUUUGGCAUCCGGAACGCAAGGUGUCGUUUACAAAGCCCGAAUGCGCAAUGAGAUCGUGGCCGUCAAGAAAGUUGACGAUAAGAAAGAGGCUGAAAUUCCUGUUCUUCGUCAACUCAAUCAUCCAAACAUUAUCCGUUUCAAAGGAGCGUGUAAUCAGGCGCCUAAUUAUUGUUUGGUGAUGGAAUACUGCCCAAAUGGGACGCUGUACGAUUUUCUACGUAGUGAAAAUGAAUUAUCGCCCCAGUUGACCUUCGAAUGGGCCGUUCAAAUCGCGUCUGGUAUGCACUAUCUCCAUCAGAACAACAUAAUGCAUCGUGACCUGAAAAGCCCCAAUAUCUUAUUGGAUGGAAAUAACGUGGUCAAAAUCACCGAUUUUGGAACAUGUCGCACUUUCAACAAUCACAGCGUUUUAAUGACAGUUAUCGGCACGUACGCUUGGAUGGCGCCCGAAGUCAUUUGCAAAGACAAAUGCUGGAAAAAAGUUGAUGUUUGGUCUUACGGUGUGGUGUUAUGGGAACUGCUCACGAGAGAAACUCCGUAUCGCGAUCAAAGUUACGGAGCCAUCAUUUACGGUGUGGGUAGCAACCGGCUGCAGUUACACCUUCCAUCGACCAUUCCGCCAGGCUUUUUACGUUUGCUGGAAAUGUGUAGGAGACAAGUUCCACGUAAAAGGCCAUCCUUUUCAACGAUUUUACUUCUUCUGUCGAGAGUGUCGACAGAAUUAAUCGACCAAGAUCCAGGACAUUACGCAAAUCUACAACUCGAAUGGAAAAUGGAAAUCCGUCCGUCUUGUUCCAGCCGUGAUAAAUGCCAUUCAACUGUUUCUAACGAUUCGUCUUAUCAGAAAGAUUGCCAGCAAUCUAUCGAUGUAUUUGAUGGAAAUCACAACUACAAUAAUAACGAUCCUUAUGGUGAGCAUCCGUUGUUUAAACGGCUGGCUCAAAUCAGACAUGUGGACGAGAUACACGACCUCCUCGCAGAGAAGAUGGCCGAGUUGAUGCAAAGCGAAAUUUACCAUGAAGUCGCUUACCUUACAGCCAUUCUUAAAGAAAUUCAAGUGAAGCCAAAAAGCAAGCCAAUACGGAUUAAACAGCGCAAAAGGAGUUACAAGAGAAAUGGUGUUAAAAGGAAUUAUUCUGUUAAAUCAAUCAAGGGUCGAUUGGAAUCACCCGCUUUAGGACGCCAAGAUUCCUCGCGAGUGGACAACAAUUCUUGCCAAUUUAAAGAACAUAAUCUGCAGGAUGGGCCCAACAGCUCCGCUGCAGCGUCAGGUGUAGUCCAAUCGAGUUGGGAGACGUGUUCUGACGACGAUGAAGAGCAAACCAAUUUCACGCUCGCCCAAAAUCAAAAAGCCUUUCUUCGCAAAAGCGUUGGGCGGAAUCCGAUCCGGACGCGCAGGCCUUUCAAAGACCGUCCUACUUCUGCCUAUUCCGGAAAUUCCACCGAAGAAAAUCGCCUUUCACUUCUAUCCGACGACGACGGUGUUGCUGGAAACAUGUCGGAUUUGUGAUGUCCUUUUUUUGGGUUUAAAUAAUCCGAUUUUUGUUGUUCGGAUUUUUUUUUUACGUAUUCAGUUAUUUGCAUAGUGACGUAGGUUUUGCCCAGACCAGUUUUUUUAAUCAAUUGUUGACAUCAAUUUUUUUUUUCUCGACAUUUUUUAAUUCCGGUUUUACCUGUUAAAGAGUUCUGGGUGUUGCUCAAGGCAAAUAGGUUAGUUACAUUUAUUUAUAUUAUUUUAAUCAUUUUUUUUUCUCGUUGAGUGCGAAUUUCUUAAUUUGCAGCUGUUCAUCAAAAUUGAUCGUGUUAAACCCACCAAUUGUGUCUUAUUUAUUCUUUACUUUUUGACGAGUGCCCUAUGUGAAUCAUAUAAAUCAAAUAAUUCUCCUACAUUGCCAAGAAUUUCGAAAAACCUUCGAAAGUU